AUGACUUCAUCCACGAAAGCAGCUUUCUUCACGCUUGAAGAUGCAAAAAUAAGUUUUACACUCAUCUGUUGUAUCUGUGGUAUCGGCACACUUGCUAUGCCUUCCAACUUUGCACGAGCUGGACCCAUAUGUGGUACGCUCGCCAUGCUCUUUAUGGCUUUUGCUAACAUCUAUGCAACUGUAGCGCUGUCACGUGUCAUUCUUGUGGCACCACCAUCCGUCAAGACAUACAGUGAUGUGGGUGACUGGGUGUUUGGCAAAACUGGACGUUACCUCGUCAACAUAUCUCAAUUGCUCGUUUGUCUCCUGCUGCCAUGUGCGUUUCUGGUCCUUGGUAGUACAUUGCUCGAUGUAUUGUUCCCACAUGCAUUUAGCCAGAUUUUCUGGAUCAUUUUUAUGGCUAUUACAGCGAUACCUGCUUGUUUGAUUCCAACGUUAAAAGCUGCAGCAGCGGUCGCUUUUAUUGGUUGUAUGGGUACAAUUAUUGCUGAUAUUGCUGGCGUGAGUAUCCUCGUAUGGAAUAUGCGAGGUCACCCGGCCGCUCCUGCUCCUGAUAUUUCAUUCCAUCAAGUUUUGACUGCAUUCGGGAACUUGUCGCUUGCUUAUGGUGUCGCUGUUUUGAUCCCUGACUUGCAGCGCCAGCACUCGCAACCAAAACGAAUGCCUCGCGUGAUUGUUGUGAGUCUUACAAUUGGGUCGCUCUUUUUCUUGGGUGUAGCUAUCGCUGGUUAUGUGGCUGGAGGUUGUCAACUCUCUGCAAAUUUGCUCUUUUCUAUCGUCAAUAUUGCCAGUCCGUCGUUGCCUUCAGCUCUUGGUUUCAUCGCAGAUCAUGGCGCCGUUACUAUUGCGUAUCUCUUUAUGCAUUUACAUGUGGUAAUUGUUCUAUCAACAGUACUACACCCACCAUUCUACAUGGCGGAGCGCUUCCUUCUUGGAAUGCAUAAAGAGCAAGGAGCUAUACACACAAAAGGUGAAGGGGAAUGGGAGCAAUCGUCGCUGGAGAAUCCUUUCACUAGCGAAAAUCCGGUCACUAGCGUCAACGAACAAGCAACAAGAGAUUUGGAGUCGAACGCACUACUGAUUGCAGCCAAGAAAGAGCUCAGAGAGAAGGAGCAUGAUGAUGCUCAAUUGUUAAAUUACACUGGCUCAAACAAUGUCCUUCGUUACGUGACUCUGCGUCUUGUGAUCAUGGGAAUUCUCGUAGUGGUUGCUAUUGGUUUUCGCUCACACUUUCUGGACCUCGUGGAUUUUACAGGUGCAUCUGCUAUUACCGUGUGCUGUUUGGUACUACCACUUGCAUUCUAUCUCAAAGUAUUCUGGCACGAGUUAUCUUUAUGUGAAUGCAUUCUGGCGGUUGUGGUCAUUGUCGUAUGUACCGUCGUAGGUUGCUACGUCAUGAUUGAUGCUGGCAAGAAUUUGUUUGAUCCAGACGUAAACAAUCUUAAAUUUCCAUACUGUGCAGAAGAGUAUCAAUCGGACCCGUACUACGUGCGAGACACGACAACUACGAUGGCACCGUUUUUCUCCCGCGGAUGGAAAGUAGAUCAAGGUCCUUCAAUUCCAUUCAAGCACGACUUGACGCGAAAUCCAGUGAAAACUGAAAUUGGUUGCGAAUCAUGGUGGACAGGGAGGCAGCGCCGUUUUUCCGCUAUUGGCUGGCGCUACGUCGUUCUGAUGAUUAUUAUCUUUUCGCUAUCAAGUGCAUGGGGAUUGCUUUCAAUUGUCUUGAAUCUUGCGCCUGGUGCAAGUGCGAAUUACAUUUUACAGGCAGAAAGCUUGGAUCACGGACAUUUUUGGCAAUCUCGAAAGACACGAUUUUCCAUCCAAGCAACAGCCAUAGCCUUACAAGCUGUAGUCGUCAUAGUGUAUUGGCAUCUACUAUAUUUGCUACUUCUUCAGCCACAGCAUCGUAAAAAAUUGCGAGGAAUGCUGUGGAAGGUGCUGCAGUUUUUUUGCGGCGUAAGUUUAGGUGAUGGCACGUAUCGUAAAGUGUGGAAUGUUUUUAUGGAGAUUCCUGAAGUGCUUUUGCAAAUACUAACACUGCGGGAGCAUAUGGCACAAGGAUUAGAUCCGUCGCUUCUUUAUGUUUACGCUUCUCUCAUGGCUUUAAACGCAUUUGUUGUCUUUAUUUUAAUGCAAUUUCGAUGGAGUGAAGCAGUAUAUCAUCACACACUGAAAGAUUCCAUACUCGAUGCAGUGUGCGCCGUAUUCUUUCCUGCCCUCAUCUUGUCUUACUCCUUUUUCGUAUUUCAAGAUGAGCUCAAAUUGGUGAGAAUUCGUCAGCAAUACUUUCCUCCUCAUAUUUUUGAGCGCAAAGCUCGAAACUAUGUCAGCGCAAUAAAGCUCAAUCAGUUUAGUACAAAUUUUGAGAGCCUUUUGAUUCGUAGCGAAUGGGACAUCGUCAUAAAAUUGAGUUUCAGCUUGCUUGCUUGUCUGCGAUGGACCAGGAUUACUUUUGUUCUUCUUGAAAAAGAUCAACUUUUCAGCUAUGUCUCUGCUAAGGUUGCAGCAAAUGAUCUCACCGGGGUUUCAAAAGAAAGUGGAAACUGCGUGACACCUUUGGAUGCUAGAAGUUCCAUUGUUCGAAAUUUCAGUUCAAAACAUACAUUUUCGAAGCCAGAGCGUCAAAUACUCCGAAGUGUUGUCGGUCUUCUGUUUGUUGUGUAUGGGUUCGGUUGUAUCGCGUACACUAUUUGCGCCGUGCGUCAGUCACGCACCUCAUGCUCCUCAUAUCCACAGUGCGUUCAGUUUAGCUUUCAGUAUUUUUUUGAUCAAACCAGCGAGAAAUGUCAUUGUCUCGCUUACGUCGAUCGGGAUCUCACACCUGCAGGCUUUGAAACAUUCGCGGAUAUCACAGAGACGUUGGCUGAAUUGUCCGGUGCUGGUAAACUUCAAAGUAUACAAGUGGUAAAUCGCAAUAUUAAUGGAUCGCUUCCAGAUGAGCUAGCAACAUGUCACGAUCUUCGACAUCUGAUCUUAAUUCACACAGGCGUCAACAAAUUCCCUUCAUGGUCAUCAACUUCGUUUUCCAGGCUCGAAUAUCUCCACAUUGAGGGUGACUCGUCCGAGCUCAAUCUCAUCGAAUUACCAAUCGAUUUUUUUCAUUUAAUGACACAUCUCCACACGUUGUACCUCUCAAAUCACGCUAAUUUAUCGAAUCUUCCCGCAAUACUUGGACUCGAGUCUCUCGAAAGUGUUUAUUUUGGCUACCUCGACUCACUUCCAAGUCUUCCUUUGAUGGAAAACCUUCAAGCACUACAGGUUUUGGCAUUACAAGGACUCUAUCGGAUUCGUACCCUUCCAGACAUUGAGCAAUUCCAAGAUACUUUAGAGAUGUUGUUUGUUCAAGAUUCUGCAGUCUGUUGCGAUGGAUAUUUAAAUGGAGGUAGGUGCAAUACGACAUUCAAAAGCUGUUGCGAGAAUCCCCGUAGCAAAGAUUCUCAAUCUUUGCCUUCACUUUGUCUAUCUAUGCCUGCUGAAGAAGCACUUUUGCCGUCAUCCACGACGCUUUCCGUCAUCAGUCGAUUUGCUUCGAAUGUAUCAAACUUCUGUGAUCCGACUCAAGCGAUAUGUCCACACACUCGUUUGGAAAAGCAUAUGCGAACGUUCAUGGAUGUUUGUGCUGGUGUGCUCUACCGCAGAUGCACAUCUGAUGAUAAAGGCAUUGGCAUUUGCUUUAACGAGGAUAUGGGGCGUAUACAGUGCAUCUACUCUCAAGCAACUAUUGAAAUGCGAAAGGCAGAAAUAGAAGCUGGAUGCAGUUGUGACCAAGUUGAAGAAGAGUGGCUUGGCUGUAGAUGA